CUCAGUCUGCAUCUUUAAUGAGACGUUUGUUUGUUUGUUUGUUUGUUUGUUUGUUUUCAGACUACAAGAAGGAUCCGUACUCUAAGGGGGACCCUUGUAAGACCAUCUGCUGUCGGGGAGACCUGAGGACAGAGAAGGCUUCUCCGUCUGGUUGCUAUGACACUAAGGUGACAGAUUUCAACAUGGCGGAGAUGUUCAGCGCCGAGGCGUUGAACGGGCCGACCACUCAGGGAGGACUUCCUCCGUUUACCUGGGUGGGGAACUUCAGCAGCAUCAGUCACCAGGGUCUGCCCCCCUCCUUCAACUUCACCUUCGUCAAGAUGUACCCCCUGCUGUUCAGACCAUAAGGGGUGUGUGUGUGUGUGUGUGUGUGUGUGUGUGUGUGUGUGUGUGUGUGUGUGUGUGUGUGUGUGUGUGUGUUGUG